CUGCGUACCUCGCAGAACGUGGUAGCAUAAAAAUGGGGGAAGGGUUCUUGCUCCAUUCAAAGAAACCAGCACAAUUUUAGGGUUUUCACCCUUCUUGCUCUCCUCUACCAGUGGCUUACCUUCUUCCUUCGAUCGCCACCCAAAUGAGUCGCCAUCCGGAGGUUCUCUGGGCUCAGCGCUCUGACAAAGUAUCCUUGACAAUUUCCUUACCUGAUGCAAAAGAUAUUUCUGUGAAAUCUGAGCCUCAGGGAUUGUUUAGUUUCUCUGCCACAGGGAUUCAAGGUGAAUCCUUCGAUUUCAGCUUGGAACUUUAUGGAAAAAUUGUUCCUGAGGGUUGCAAGACUAAAGUUGGGUUAAGAAAUAUAAUAUGCUCUGUCCAGAAAGAAGAGAAAGGUUGGUGGAAAAGACUGCUGAAGUCAGAGGAGAAACCUGCACCGUACAUUAAGGUUGAUUGGAAUAAAUGGUGUGAUGAAGAUGAAGAAGAAUCAAAUUCUAAUUUGGCCUCUGAUGAUGAUGCAGCGGUAAUUUAAUCAUUUUGGAUUUCUCUUGGAUGUAUGGUGUUGUCAAGAAUGGUUCAAGACAAUAAUAUAUACUUGGCAGUUGAUCCUAAGACUCCUGUGGGGGAGAUAAGAAGAAACCAUCUUCUUGAGUGAUAAAUAAAGCAAACCCCGAAGUUCUAAGCAAUUAAAGACGGGCUAAUACUCCAAUAUUCUCAAAGAAUCUGCUACAAUAAACUCAUCCACAUAAACCCAAAUUAUAUCU